UGUACAGCAGAAAAGAUCUUGCUCUUUUCACUACAAUCUGGAACAACGUCUAGACUUCGUAAUCUUGAAAAAAUGGCAGAUAUCUUGACUGAUGCUGGACAUUCUGUUGCUAUGCUAAGAAAUGAUAGACUUGGGAAACCUCAGUUCUUAUCUACAAAUAUCAAAGUUUUUGAGUUUAUCAUGCCUGAAGGAUAUGUUCCAUUGGAUGAUCCAGGUGUAGUAGAGAAAAUGAUGCAGAUGUCAAUUAUUAAACUCUUUGACUUAGCUACAGGAUACUCAAGUUUGAUUUGUGACGUCAUCUUAAAAAGUGAUGUUCUAAAAACAAUAAAAUAUAUGGAUUAUGACCUCCUUAUUGCUGAUUAUACUGAACUAGCAUCACAUAUUGUGUCAGGAGUCCUGAAAAUACCCACAAUUGCUUAUGCCAAUGAAGGUACAUAUCCAGAUUCUUUUGUUGGUACUUUAAAAGUUGGCCAUCCUGUGCCAUGGGCAAUCACUCCAAUACUUUUUAUGUCAUAUUCAGAUUCAAUGACAUUUGUACAAAGACUGGUUAACACUGGAGCAUGGUUAGGAUGGGGGUAUGGCUCAUACUCAUCUAACGUUCAGCUAAAGAAGAUUAUUACAAAGUACAGUUUGAAUAUUUCAACAGACACAGCUGGCCUCGGUGGAGUAUGCCUUGUUUUAAGUAACAAUCACAUUGCAUUGGAUUACCCCAGACCACUCAUGCCUAACCAUAAAUAUAUUGGAGGGUAUACUUUACAACCAUCAAAGGCUCUUCCUGACUAUAUUACUAAGCUUCUUGAUGACUUACCAUUCAAUGAUGUCAUCAUUGUGAGCUUUGGAUCAUACGUUAAGGCCUUGAUGAAUCCCGAAAAAUAUGAAGUUCUUGCUGAAGCAUUCGCAAGACUCCCAUAUACAGUACUAUGGAAACACACUGAAAAACCACCAGCUAACCUGGGAAAGAAUACCCAUUUAAUAAAAUGGCUUCCUCAAAAUGAUUUGCUGGGUGAUUCAAGAACACGCCUGUUUGUGACACAUUGUGGAGUUAGCUCUUCAUUCGAGACAAUAUACCAUGGUGUACCUGUUGUAGCUAUUCCUCUUGGAUUAGAUCAAUAUAAACAUGCAACUGAACUAACUUGUCGUCAUAACAUGGGAGUAGUAAUUGAUAUACACACCCUACAGGCUAAUGCACUUGAGGAAGCUAUUCUAAGUGUUCUUUCUAAUACAGAGUAUGUUGAAAAUGCGAGGAAGGCAAGUCGUUUGAUCAGAGACAAUCCUGUGUCUCCAAAAGAAACAUUGCUGUACUGGGUCAAUUAUGUUAUUAAACAUGGUGGAGCUGACCAUUUUAAAUCCGAAGGAAUGGAAAAUCUCUCAUGGUAUCAGUACUUCUUGUUGGAUAUCAUUGGACUGGCACUUUUGAUUUUUGAUAUACUUGCAAUUGUAUGCUUCUUUUCAUGCCGAUUCAUGAUAAGAUGCUUCAAAAAUUACUCUAAAAGGAAACAAGAUUGAGCCGAGUUAAUGUACAUUUGUGUGUUUGAAGUGACUUCAAAAUGUGACUUCAAAAUAUCAGAUUUAUUAUCCUGUGAGUCUUAAGUUCACGUAGGGAUAUUUAUGAAAAUCACAUCUGUCAUCAAAUAAUUAACAUAUUUGCCAUAACUUGGAUACUAUUCAGACAUAUUUAUUUCAUAUUGCUUAUGCUCCAUUGGUUAGGAAGGGUGUCUGACAUUUCAUUUUCAAACGCUACCCUUAAAUGAUCCAGAGACAUAUAAAAGUUUAUAUAUUUAUAUGAUUUUUAAAAUUGCUCAACGCGCAUGGUGGAAACAAACAUUCACAAUACAUGUGUAUAGGUGAGUAAGUACAUAGAAUUUCACAGGUAAGUAAUCAAACUAUAACAUAGAUGUCAUGCAUAGUAUGAAAUCAUUACAAUCGUUGAUCAAAAUAAAUUUCAAUUUAUAAAUAUAAAUAUACAUAAAACCUUGACCUUAGG